UGGAUGUGUGGUUACGUACGCGUGUGUUGUACGUGAAAUAUAUACGAAGUAAAUGGUGUUACAUAGACUUGUUUUAUGAUGGGGGUGGGACUACAGCCGCUUGAAUUUACAGAAUGUUUGACUGAUAGCCCUACGUUCAGGGAGAAACUUCACACACAUGAGAAGGAGCUGGAACGGACAAGUCAACAAAUAAAAGGACUGAUAAAAGAAGUAAAGGAUUUACUGAAUGCCGCAAAAAACCUGUCGAAAGCGCAGCGCACGCUGUCGUAUAGCCUCAUCAACUUCAACUUCGAGUGCAUCGGAACGUCGCAGACGGACGACGAGGUCAGCAUCGCAAAGUCGCUGUCGGAAUUCGGUCGGCUCAUCUCCAACAUCGAGGACCAGCGGGACAUGAUGCUGGACCGCGCCUACGAGCAAAUAAUUCUGCCGCUGGAGAAGUUCCGGAAGGAGGAGAUAGGAGCCGUCAAGGAUGGCAAGAAGAAGUUCGAGAAGGAAACGGCGAAGUUUUAUCUUAGCCAAGAGAGGUACCUGAACCUGUCCACCAGAAAACAGGAGAACGUCCUGCAAGAGGCUGAUGCGAAUCUGAUGCUCGAAAAGCGAGCUUUCUCAGAAGCCAGUUUGGAGUACGUGUUUCUCCUACAGGAAGUCCAAGAGAAAAAGAAAUUCGAAUUUGUUGAAACACUGCUCGGUUUCAUGUACAGUUGGUUAACAUUCUAUCACCAUGGACAUGAAGUUGCCAGUGAUUUCAAACCAUACAUGAAUGAUCUGCAGUUAAAAAUACAGAAGACAAGAAAUAACUUCGAUGCAACUCGAGAUCAUACGGAGAAGCUCAAAAAGAAAAUGCAGGAGAUAACAGCUUUGUCUGGAGCGCCUAUUAAGCCAAAUCGCCAUGAAGGUUAUUUGUACCUGAUGGAAAAGAAGGCUUUUGGCACAACAUGGACAAAGCAGUAUUGCACUUACCAAAAGGACACCAAAGAAUUCACCAUGGUACCAUACAACCACUUGACAGGGAAGCAGGCCCCAGGAGAAACUAUAAAGCUUGCAUCUUGUGUGAGGAGGAUGUCUGAAUCCAUAGAAAAGCGCUUCUGUUUUGACAUUACACCAGAAGACAGACCUGGUGCAGUAUACACACUGCAGGCACUAUCAGAUGAGGACCGCAGAUUGUGGAUGGAUGUCAUGGAUGGCAAGGAACCCGUAAGUCCCCAAUCACUUGUUCCGACAUAUUCAGUACCUGGUAAAUCAUCAAAAUCUGAAGAAACAUCUCUAGAUGAAACAGGGUUUAGAUUUGUCAGCAAGUGUAUUGAAGUUCUGGAGAAAAGAGGUUUGGAGGAAACAGGUCUGUACCGUAUGGUGGGCCUCAACUCGAAGGUAACGAAGUUACUGCAGAUGUGCUUAGACAAGAGAAAACCUGAAAGACUACAGGCACUGGAUGAUGAAUCUGAAUGGGAGAGUAAAACUAUCACUAGUGCUCUCAAGACUUAUCUUCGCAACCUACCAGAACCAUUGAUGACAUUCCGUCAUCAUAACGCUUUUGUUGCUGCUGCGAAACAAGAAACAAAAAGUCAAAGAGUGAAUGAUGUGCAUACACUGGUUCAUCGACUACCACAAAUGAACUUUGACAUGCUCAACAUGCUUGUCAGGCACCUGAAAAAGGUUGCAGAGAAGAGUGAAAAGAAUCGGAUGACUGUGAGCAAUCUGAGCACCUGUUUUGGGCCUACACUGUUGCGUCCUGAAGAGGAAACUGUUGCGGCCAUCAUGGAGACAAAGUUCUUUAAUGUCGUUAUUGAGAUACUGAUUGAGAACUAUGACAAGAUAUUCCGGACAUCCCCAGAGCCAUCUGAAAUACCAAAUCUACCUGCAACUACACAGAUACAACCACAGCUUGGGAUGGCCACUAAUAUUGCUGCUGCUACAAAUGGAGGCAUUCCUCUACACCAUAACCAUAACCACAACCAUGUUAUACCUCCACCUAGAGCAAAGUAUGCUCAUCAGCAGUCAUCACAUGCUGUUGCACAUCUUGUCCGCACAUACGACACUCCAACGCCUGUAUCGUUGGGAGGAGGAAUGAAUCACGUAGGAAUUACAGGGCCAGGGUAUGGUAUUUCACCGACUCCGAGUGCACAUACGACUGGUCUUCCUGCUGCAGCUCAUCAUAAGUUGCAGCCUUCCAUUGUGUCAAGUCGAGUCAGUCCUUCCAGUGUUUCAGCUUUUUCUGAAAGCAACCUGCUGAGUCUUGGGCAUCCGUCUUACCACAGCUACCACUCCAAGCCCCAUUAUUUUUACAGCACAAGGGGUAGUCCUGAACGCUUGGAUGUCAGUAUGAGCAGUUCAACAGAAACUCUGCCUGUCUCUGUGAGGGAUGGAAGUGGUAGCCUGGUCCACGUCCAAGACUCGCCACAGAAGAACAAGAGAGGAGGAACACUGCAUGGAAAUUACACAGCAGUUUACCGGCCACCUCAGGAUAUGAGAGUUCGUACAUUGUAUGCUUGCCAAGGAGAGAACGAUGGAGAACUUUCAUUUGAACCUAACCAGAUUAUCACUAAUGUACGAGGAUCACAGGAACCUGGUUGGCUUGAGGGAACACUUAAUGGAAAGACAGGCCUUAUUCCUGAAAAUUAUGUCGAGAAACUUCCCUGACCUGGGCUCAAACUAUGGGCAAGAAUUAGUCGACGGUCAGCCCACCUCCAGACUCAGCCGCAGGUGCCCCAUCAGCCACCGCAGUGAUGAUAAGUGCAGCUGAUAUUCUUCUGAAGCAUAUGUGCAAUGUAGUAAUGAUGUUAAAAUGAAGAUUAAUGAAUGAGUCUAUCAUCAGAGCUGUGUUUACAAAUGUACGCUUUGUACAUCACCGAGAUGAUACUUUGUCAAACAAGUGUUAAAUGCGGGUCUUGGCCUUUCCAUACUUGGCUUCCAUUCACAUAUCACCUCUUAAGAAUGUGUCUUCUGCUUUGUGUUUUGAACUCAAUAAUUAAACUGACUAGCAGGUGAACUGUAUAGUAAAUGAGUAUCAGAACGUGAUUCGUGCAGCAUCUGUGUGACUAAGAAUUGUUGCAAACCUACAAAUGUUUUGUGAAAACCUGUUAAUGUCCAGUGUAAAAAUCAACAGUGUAAUUAUGAGCUGAUCAGUUAGAGACUUGUGGGCACCCCUUUAUCAUCCAGCAGAGAAUGCAAUGGCAAUAUCAUACGUUGAGCAACUGUUCAUUUAUUGUAUAUAGAUAUUGUUGUACAAUUAUUUAUUAUGUUAAUAAUAAUUUUAUUUAUGAUUGCCAUUGUCAUCUGUUGCUUUUAUGUUGCCACAUUUGAGGAAAUCAGAUACGAAAAGAAUCCUUUUCAGAGUCCAAAAAGCAGUUGUUAAACAUACUGAUUUGUAAUAUUGUGCUGCGUAUAAUAAUACUGUGUAACUUAUAUUAAAUGUGAGCCUAAAUUUUCUGUGAUAUACUUCCAUUCAUAUAGCCUCACAGAGCGAAUUCAUAGUCAUAAAAUGUUCAUACAUUGUAUGCAAGAGUCACAAAUUCAACUAUUCUGUGCCAAUUAGAAGAAAAUGUGAUUUCACAAGAGAAAAUAUCAGUGCAAUAUAUGAAAAGAACAUGUUGUUUUCUGUUAGGGUACUUCACCAGAGAAACCUGGUGACGAAAUGUGAAAUUUUAUUGUGGAGUAGCUCAUCAAAGCUGAAAUCACUAGAUGCGAGUCUUGAUACUCCAGUGGAUUUCUUAUUGUCACAGUGUGUGUAUUAUUGUUUCAGUGCAGCUUUUCAUUUUCUUUGUAGAUUAUUUGUCAUGUAACUUAGAUGCUGAGUAGCCUGUUAGUGCUAAGGAAGAAGUGUAACUACAAGUCCAACCUUGUUUAUGUGCUUCAGCAAUACUGUUAUUGGUUAACUUUUCCAUUGUUAGUGAUAUUUUGUAUACAACAGCUUCAUGAUAACCUUGAAUUCUUUGAACUUAACUGUUAAUUGGUCAGUAAUAAUGCAUACAACUCUCAUCACAGUGUUGUGUUGGUGUCUGAGCUAAAUUAAAGAAGUAUUUGUUCUGGCUAUAGCUUCAAUGUUCAAUUAACGAGUCAUCUAGAGUGGAACAGAAUUUAACUUGAAAUUAAGGAGAACAUGAUGAUGAUGAUGAUGAUG